AUCUGUGCUCAACUGCAAACUAUUAACUAAGCCCAACUUACAAGCUACAAACACAAGUCGCAACUGCCAAUCGUAAAGAAAUAGUAACAAUGGGCAGGAAUUUUCUAAUAUUACAGCUCGAUAGUCUAGUUUAAUUAAUAGGAAAACAAAUUGGAUCCCAUUUUAAAGAAUGUAUACUAGAUUCUACUAAAAUAACUGGAAGUUAUACAAGUGUAUUAUAAGUUACUAGUCUAGUGAAUAGUGGUAGAAGCCGCAACAUGGGAGAUAACUUUCAAAAUAAAACUAUGGCACCAGUUAUGAUGGACUAUGAGUUUAAAAUAAAAACACAGAAUGAACGUUCUAAAGUCGAAGAUUUGUUCGACUUCGAAGGUUGUAAGGUAGGCCGCGGUACCUACGGUCAUGUAUACAAAGGACGGCGGAAAGAUGGAUCAGACACUAAAGAUUAUGCCCUAAAACAAAUUGAAGGUACAGGGCUCUCCAUGUCAGCCUGUCGAGAAAUCGCAUUGUUACGAGAGUUGAAACACCCAAAUGUUAUUAACUUAAUCAGAGUAUUCCUAUCACAUACUGAUAGAAAGGUUUGGCUGUUGUUUGACUAUGCUGAACAUGAUCUAUGGCAUAUAAUCAAGUUUCAUAGAGCAGCAAAGGCUAAUAAGAAGUCCGUUAUGGUACCCAAAGGCAUGGUUAAGAGUUUAUUAUAUCAGAUUUUAGAUGGUAUACAUUAUUUACAUUCCAAUUGGGUUUUACAUAGAGAUUUGAAACCAGCUAAUAUAUUAGUGAUGGGUGAAGGCCCAGAAAGAGGUAGAGUGAAAAUAGCAGACAUGGGAUUUGCGAGGUUGUUUAAUGCGCCACUUAAACCACUCGCUGAUCUGGAUCCAGUAGUAGUAACAUUCUGGUACAGAGCCCCAGAACUGCUUCUAGGCGCUCGGCAUUAUACAAAAGCUAUAGAUAUAUGGGCAAUUGGCUGUAUAUUUGCAGAAUUACUGACAUCAGAGCCAAUAUUCCAUUGCCGUCAAGAAGACAUUAAGACAAGCAACCCAUAUCAUCAUGAUCAACUGGAUAGGAUAUUCAAUGUCAUGGGCUUUCCUUUAGAGAAGGACUGGGAAGAUAUCAGAAAAAUGCCUGAACAUGCCACUUUGGUUAAGGAUUUCAAACGAUCAAACUAUCAAAACUGUUCGCUAAGCAAAUACAUGGACAGACAUAAAAUAAAGCCUGACAGCAAAGCCUUCAGUUUACUACAGAGGCUUUUAUUAAUGGAUCCAAAUAGGAGAAUAACAUCGGAACAAGCUAUGCAAGAUCCAUACUUCUCCGAGGAUCCAUUACCAACUCAGGAUGUGUUCGCCGGAUGUCCGAUACCGUAUCCGAAGAGGGAAUUUCUCACGGACGACGAUCAGGACGACAAAAGCGAUUCAAAGGCCAGGCAGAAUCAACAGCAACAGCCAAAUGACAGAAGACAGAAUGAGCAGACAAUGAGACUUAUGACUCAACAAAACCAGGUCCAAGCCAAUAGUCAUGAUCACGCUGCAAACAAUGCGAAGAGAAUGAGGAUGUCCGGUCCAAACCAAGGCAACAACAACCAAGGUGGCGGUCAACAAGAGUUCCAUCAACAGCAACAGAUGAUGUACGGCCAACAACAGAGUGCCAACCAGCAACAACAAAAUUUCCAACAGAGGUUCUGAAGAUUUGAAAUCUUGAUAAAUGUAAAAAGUUGAUAUAUCUAUAUUUAUAAAUUUAAAUAAUAAAUUAAUUAAACUAU